AUGCGCCUCAACGGCUCGGCGCCCGGUCCCCAGGACGCGCCGGGCGCCAAACCCUUCCCGCUGCCGCCCUCCGGGAUGGAGGCGGCGCUCCUAGUCCCCGGCUUCGGCAACAGCACGGGCAACGAGUCCGAGCGCUUGCGAGCGGCGCCCAGCAGCGACCUGGACGUGAACACCGACAUCUACUCCAAGGUGCUGGUGACAGCCGUGUACCUGGCGCUCUUCGCGGUGGGCACGGUGGGCAACUCGGUGACGGCGUUCGCGCUGGGCCGCAAGAAGUCGCUGCAGAGCCUGCAGAGCACCGUGCAUUACCACCUGGGGAGUCUGGCGCUGUCGGACCUGCUCAUCCUGCUGCUGGCCAUGCCCGUGGAGCUGUACAACUUCAUCUGGGUGCACCACCCCUGGGCCUUCGGUGACGCCGGCUGCCGCGGCUACUACUUCCUGCGCGAUGCCUGCACCUAUGCCACGGCCCUCAACGUGGCCAGCCUCAGUGUGGAGCGCUACCUGGCCAUCUGCCACCCCUUCAGGGCCAAGACCCUCAUGUCUCGCAGCCGCACCAAGAAGUUUAUCGGCGCCAUCUGGCUCGCCUCGGGCCUGCUGGCCGUGCCCAUGCCCUUCACCAUGGGCCAGCAGAACCGCAGCGCUGACGGCCAACACCCCGGCGGCCUGGUGUGCACGCCCGUCGUGGGCACCGCCAUGAUCAAGGUCGUCAUCCAGAUUAAUACCUUCAUGUCCUUUGUGUUCCCCAUGGUGGUCAUCUCCAUCCUGAACACCAUCAUCGCCAACAAGCUGACCGUCAUGGUCCGCCAGGCCGCUGAGCAGGGCCAGGUGUGCACGGUUGGGGACCAGCACAGCUCAUUCAGCAUGUCCAUCGAGCCUGGCAGGAUCCAAGCCCUGCAGCAUGGCGUCCGGGUCUUACGGGCCGUGGUCAUCGCCUUCGUGGUCUGCUGGCUGCCCUACCACGUGCGACGGCUCAUGUUCUGCUACAUUUCCGAGAAGCAGUGGACCCCGUUCCUCUACGACGUCUACCACUACUUAUACAUGCUGACCAACGCGCUCUUCUACGCCAGCUCUGCUGUCAACCCCAUCCUCUACAACCUGGUCUCUGCCAGCUUCCGCCAGGCCUUUCUGUCCACACUGGCCUGCCUCUGCCCACUGUGGGGACGCAGGAGGAAGAGGCUGGCCUUCUCGAGGAAGACCAACAGCGUGUCCAGCAACCACACCUUCUCCAGUAACGCCACUCGGGAGACGCUCUAUUAG